AUGGACCGUGUAUUAGCCUUGAUUGUAAAUUGCAAAUCUUUAUUUCGGAUCUAUGAGAGGAAAAGCGGCUCAUUUUUAUUACUUGUCUUAUCGAUUUUAACCAUGAUUGAUCUAAAGAGGGACGCUGUGAAUAAGGAUAAACCUUUUGUCUGCUCAAAAAUUGCUAAAAGAAUUUUAAGAAUUUCAGGAAUAUCAUCAACCUUGGGGAAUGAAUUAAAAAAAAAAAUGUUUUUGACCGGUUUGCCGAUCUAUGGUGGAACAAAAACUCUAUCGUUCCAGGUGCUGUGUGAAAAAGGUGCAUGUGUAUUACUAGAAAGACGAUUAUCGGACUUGCAUGCUCUGAUUGGUUGCCCUCAGACACUUUGA